UCCCGCCUCCUCCAACCGCAGCAGUUCGUAACUCCAUCAGUUCAGAGUUGGCAUUGCUCCUGUGUUGACGCGUCGCUUCAAUUUGAGGUGCUAAAGGCCGCUGCUGAAUGCAAUCGAAUUGUUUGCCGAUUGGAUUUUCAUCACAGGUUGAUUGCAUACCUGCUGCAUUAUUCCAACGCAGCGCUCUGGUCUAAGCGCCUGGUCCUGGAUAAUCACCUUGUCGCAACGACAUCACUUGUUUUGCUACACUUUCGAACCGCGAUUCCCCAGGCUACCACGACCGAGCCCCUUUCGCGCAGCAUACCCAAUCCCAUAUCAACAUGUCUCUUUUUGGCAGUUCUCCGCCGGGCGAAUCCCCAAGCCUGGAAUCCAACAACUUUGGCAACAACAGCAGGUCGUCGCUGUUUGAAGACGAACCACCCAUGACCAGAUCAACAAGCACGGCACUGUUUGCCAAUGACGAUGCCGACUCAGACUCGCCGUGGGACAUGCCAACACCCCGCAAGCAGCUCACCCGUGCUGACCUGGUGCGCAAUCUGCUGCCUCCUUCCGAGGUGCCCGAGAGCUACAUUGAGGCGUUCGACAAGGUCGUUGCCGAGGACGGCAGCGGAGGCCGUAUUACGUCUGCCGGGGUGGCAAGAACCCUUGCUGCUGCCAGACUCAGCGCUGAUGCCCAGGCACGCAUCAUGAACAUCAUUGCGCCUGGUGGUGGCGGCGGUGGAGAGGUCGCUCUGGACAGGAACCAAUUCCAUGUCUUGUUGGCAUUGAUUGGUCUGGCGCAGGAAGGCGAGGGUCUUAGCCUUGAUGGUGUGGACGAGAGAAGACGGAUCAAUUCGCCAGAUCUUCCCCGGCCCAACCUCCACGACCUUGUUGACAGCACGCCUGCAUUACCGCAGCUUGACAGCCUGGCCGCGAAACCGCCCCAGCGGCCUGUGACACCCCCGAAACCCUCCCAACCGGCCUCCCACAAGCAGCAGCGCCGUCCCAAACAGCCGUCGAUGGAUUAUCCUGAAGACCCUUGGAACGCGCCCGACUUGCACAAGAAUCACAACCACGCGCCGGAUCCAUCCAGAGUGAAUGGAAAUGACACGGCUAGCUCAGCUGUGAAUGCGAACAGGGGCCUGUACGGGACCAGUCCCCAGUCAACAAUACCCCGCCGGACAACGUCAACAUUCACCACAAAUGCUCCUACGUCAGGGGCCGAACCAGUGGUGGGGGGAAACUCGAAUGCAUGGGGCUUCCAGGACGGCAACCCUUCGCCAGCUGGUGGGUUCAACGAACCAUUGCCAAACCCUACAACUCCCUUCGGUGCGGGCAGGGGUGCGGGAGAGCCGGGUGGCGGUUCCCCUCCAGCCCCGGUCCCUGGAAGGACCAUUGGGGGCGGGCGGGCAGGGCCCGCGGUGGAAGAGAACAUUGUGGUGACCCUGAUGCCGGAGAAGGAGGGCAUGUUCUUGUUCCAACAUCACAACUAUGAGGUGACGAGUUCCAGGAGGGGCAGCAAAGUGAUCCGUCGGUACAGCGACUUUGUGUGGCUGCUUGACUGCUUGCACAAGCGGUAUCCAUUCAGGGUGCUGCCGUUGUUACCGCCCAAAAGAGUUGCUGUUAACGGCAACCAUCUGUCAAACGAUGGGGCGUUCAUUGAGAAACGCCGUCGCGGGCUGGCGAGGUUUCUCAAUGCGCUCGUCCGUCAUCCUGUGCUGAGCCAGGAGCAGCUAGUUGUCAUGUUUUUGACUGUUCCAACUGAGCUCUCCGUAUGGCGCAAGCAGGCAACCAUCUCAGUGCAAGACGAAUUCACAGGCCGAUCCCUACCUCCCGGUCUCGAAGAUUCACUCCCUCCAACGCUCGAAGAGCUCUUCAGCCGCACGCGCGCCGGCGUCCGGCGUAGCGCCGAAUUGUACAUCACCAUUUGCAACGUCAUGGACCGACUAGUCAAGAGAUCAGAAGGCGUGGCCGCUGACCAUGCGCGGAUUGCGCUCUCACUAACAUCCUUAACCGAAGUGAGCGCCGACACAUAUGCGACCGACACCAACGAGGUGCCGCUGCUCAACGACGGACUCCAAGCCAUGAGCAGGCAUCUCCGUACCUCACAGAGCCUGAUGGAGGACGAAGCCCGCGCCUGGGACGAAGGGGUCCUUGAGGAUCUCAAGCGCCAGCGGGAUGCGCUUGUUAGUUUGCGAGACCUGUUUGACAGGAGAGAGCGGCUGGACAAGGAUAAUAUUCCAUCUCUGGAGCGGCGGAUUGCGAGUAAUGAGACAAAGCUGGCGGCUUUGCGGGCGAAACCGGAGGGUAUGGUCAAACCCGGUGAGAUCGAGAAGGUGGUGGAGGCGAUCAUCAAGGACAAGGAGUCGAUUGUCAACCAGCACAACCGGUCUGUAUUCGUUAAGGAAUGCCUUCGUGACGAGCUUGUCUACUUCCAACAUACUCAGUACAAUGUCUCGAGAUGGAACCAGGAUUGGGCGCAGGAGCGAGUCAAGUACUCGGAGAUGCUGGCUGAGAAUUGGCGCCGUCUGCUGGACGAUCUUGAAGGCAUGCCCCUUGGCGACUAGUUCGCUGGAAGAAUGGAGAUCCUGUGGCCGGGGCAAGUUUUCUAUGGAAAGCACGGGACAGUUCUGAAGCCUCGGGGGGUGACGAAGCGAGGGGGGAGGGGGCGUUUCCGUUGACAGCAUGGUCUUCUGUAUAUGCCGUGGGGAAU